GAGACAGACAAUAAGAAUCUCUUCCAGACCAGAUCCACAACUUCCCCUGAGAGGAAAGAUACAACACAAAAUACUGGGAGCAACAUUUAACAGCGUUAUCCUGCUGAUGACUGCACACACAGACUGUGAAUUUAAAGAAGGAAGUGAAACUGCUCAGAGUGAUUAUAACUUUCAGGGAACUUUCUAGGGAGUGGACUGGCUUCCUGUUUAGGGCUCUGUCUGGUCUGUGUGUUUUCAGCCUCACUGCAAGAGAAAAUGUCUUUCCGAUCACAGGAGGAUCUCUCCUGUCCAGUCUGCCAAGACAUUUUUAAAGAUCCUGUUGUCCUGUCGUGCAGCCACAGCUUCUGCAGAGACUGUCUGCAGAGCUGGUGGAGAGGGAAACCUAUACAGGAAUGUCCAGUUUGUAAGAGGAGAUCAUCAAGGAGUGAACCACCUCGUAACUUGGCUUUAAAAAACCUGUGUGAGACUUUCUUACUGGAGAGAGAGCAGAGAGCAGGAUCUGAGUCUGUCUGCAGUCUGCACUCUGAGAAACUCAAACUCUUCUGUCUGGACCAUCAGCAGCCAGUUUGUCUCGUCUGCAGAGAUUCAAAAACACACAACAACCACAGAUUCAGACCCAUCCAUGAAUUUGCACAGGAUCACAAAAAGGAGCUUCAGAAAUGUCUCAGGCCUCUACAGGAGAAACUGAAGCUGUUUGAACGAGUUAAAGGAAACUUUGAUGAAACAGCAAAACACAUUAAGGUCCAGGCCCAACACACAGAGAGGGAGAUUAAGGAGCAAUUUAAGAACCUUCACCAGUUUCUAGAGGAGGAAGAGGAGGCCAGGAUCACUGCUCUGAGGGAGGAAGAGGAGCAGAAGAGUCGGAUGAUGAAGGAGAAGAUGGAGGCUCUGAGCAGAGAGAUAGCAGCUCUGUCACACACAGUCAGAGCCACAGAGGACGAGCUGAGAGCUGAAGACGUCUCAUCCCUGAAGAACUACAAGGUUACAGUGGAAAGAGUCCAGCAGCGCCCCCUGCUGGAUGAUCCACAGCUGGACUCAGGAGCUCUGAUAGAUGUGGCUGAAUACCUGGGCAACCUGACCUUCAACAUCUGGAACACGAUGAAAGAGAAGGUCUCCUACAGUCCUGUGAUUCUGGAUCCAAACACUGCUCAUCCAGAAUUCAUCCUGUCUGAAGAUCUGACCAGCGUGAGUCAUGGAGAGAGACAGAAGCUUCCUGAAAACCCAGAGAGGAUCGACUAUCACCGCUCUGUCCGGGGCUGGGAGGGCUUUAACUCAGGGAUUCACAGCUGGGACGUUGAGGUUGGAGACAAUACAGCCUGGUUUGUUGGCAUGGCUACGGAGUCUGUCCAGAAAAAGGGACGAACAAAGUCUGGAUUCUGGCAAAUAGAGUUCUUCAGUGGUAAAUACAGCACACGCCUGUUAGGAUAUCCACCCGGUGUUCUCCGAGUGAAGAAGAAGCUCCAGAGGAUCAGAGUUCAUCUGGACUGGAACAGAGGAAAACUGUCUUUCUUUGAUCCUGACGCUAACACACACAUUCACACCUUCACACACACUUUCACAGACAGACUGUUUCCAUGCAUAGGCACUUUGAAUGAACUCCCCCUGAAGAUGUCACAAGGCAAGAUCCUUGUAACCAGAGAAUGGAUCAGUGAGAGAUGAUUGUGAGGAUAAGCACAGAGGUGAUGUCUCGUAUUUAAAAGUACUACUGCCAAAUUUAGAUAACACCAGUUCUCUGUGUGGUCCUGAAAUCCAAAAAAAAAAUUGCACUUAAAGCUGACUUCCUAUGUAUCCUUAAAAUGUUAAAUAUUAAAUAUAUAAAUAUAUAUCUUAAAUAUUUUUUGCCUGCUGUAGACAGUUCCAUUGGUUGUUGCAUCUUUUGAUUGCAUACAUACACUGUAUUGUACAGUAUCUGCCCACUGUCGUUGCAUCAUAUGACCACUAGAUGGCGCCCCAGACUGUGAUUUGUUCAGCCUGAAAAC